UGUGUGUCAGUGUGUGUGUCAGUGUCACUGUGUGAGGCAGCAAUAACGCAGGUGAUCAGGAUGUUGGUCCAUUGUUGUAAAUCAGUUGCGUUCAAAUCCCCAUAUUCAGACGGUGCUGUACACGUCUUCGUGCCGUCGUUCAUCAUUGCAGCAGGACCAGAAGUGAACGCGCUCCUGCUGGGAAGCGGGAGCUCCAGUGUGACUCUCAGCCUGGAGACUGUUACUCCCACUAACGGAAGUUUGCCUCAUUCUGACUGUGUGCAGAGCAAUCUCACCGGCCAGUGGGAACUGACCAGUUCGUACAAUGAUGAGGCCUUUGUCCUGAACAUUCAGCUGAAGCUGAAUCGAUUGCUGACGUUUUGCGGCAAUCUCACUCAUCAGACAAACUGCUGCCCGGAGCGGCUGUGUGUGCUGGAAACUCUGCGGGUUACCGCGUGCCAGGACCUUACCGUGGUUGCAACGCUGCUCGUACAGGCGGAAAUCUACGCCAACAUCACCUCCGACCCCGUUCCGACGGAUAACGAAAUGAAGCUGCAGGUUCUCAGACAGGAGUACCAUCCCCUGGGGUUCUGCCCGUGUGACUUGCAGGCAGAGGCCUGUGAUGUCCGCUGCUGCUGUGACCAGGACUGCACGGCCGACGUCAAACGUCUCUUUAGCCGUCACUGCUACAAGGGAGCCUUUGGGGGGAACGUGACGCCCGCCUUUGACCAGUUGUGUUCGGCUCGGCGUGACGGUGAGGGUGGGGGCGUCUCUCCGGACUGGUUCCCCUUCCUGUGUGUGGACUCCUCGUCUGAUAACUCCCCCUUCUUGGGGCUUUUCUACCAUGGCCACACUAGGAGCUGGUUUUCCCCGGGGUUUUCCUUCGGCCGCUCUGACCCCGCGGCAGCCCCUCGGCCGACCAGUUACAGUCAGGACGUGCCGAUCCUCACCCACCAGGGAGAGAAGCUGCUGGUUCCGCAGAGGUCCCUGAAUGGCCAGUGUCUGUGGGAUGCACCCGUGGCGUACCUGCGGGACUUUGACGUCCACUGUGUGUCCACGCUCAGGGCCGAGGCCUGUCCGGUCGGCCCCGCCAUCGGGCAGCCGCUCAGUAAUGGGCAGGAGGGUGCAGUGUGGCCGGUGGUAACAUACCAGACAGCAACGGACAUGAGCCACUUCCUGGUGGUGAGGUCUCCAGUGAUGGGCUUCAGCCCCACGGCAGAGUCCCUGUUUGCCGACGGUGGGAACCUCAGUGUCCCAGCAGAGGAGGCCGCAGCCUUGGAGCUGGAGCCGGAGCCAGGAGACAGAAAGUGCGAGAACGUGACCCUGGGGGUGGAUUACGUUUUUUUCUGGAGCGGAGCCACGAUCUCCAAAGUCACCGUCCUCGUCACCACGGCAAACCUCUCCUUCGCUUUGCCAGCCACCGUGACGCAGAGAUUCAGUGGGAGGUUUGUCAACUCAGCCAGCGGACUGGUGCCCGGCGAGAUGCUGUCAGGGAACCCAGGUUAUCAGGCGGGUAGAGCAGUGCUGGCAGGGAACGCUAAAACUAACGGCACCAGAGUGGACAAGGCCUCCAUCAGGACCUGGAAACCAGCGGGAAAUGGAUUGUGUGCCUCGGCGCUCACCUCGCCCAUCCUGUUCGGGCAGGACUCCAUCUCGGGCUGUGUUUUGAGGCUCAACCUCGGGACCUUUUCAAACUGCAGCAUUCUCUGGAACCUGGUUUUCGAGAAUCUUCUGUCUCUCACACCAGCCACUCACAUUGCACGACGCGGAAAUUCAAACUACUCCGACCUGUCCGAGUGGGUGGAGCUGUUCAGAGUGCUCCCCCUGCAGACAGCAGAGAAAGGCGGUUUGAACAAAACUUACACGGGAUUCUGCACCAACAUUCCCGCCAUCCUGAACAUCCGCUUCAUCACCGCAGUGACCGGCGCAGUGCAGGGAGUGCCACAGUGGGAGAUCCUGGGAGCCGAGGUCAGCUUCUCUGUGGAGACAUGGUACUUGAACUGCGGAGGAGGGAACGCAGCGCGCUGUGACAUGAACUCCUUGUUCGUCCAGUCCUUCGCCGUUGGCACCUCGGUGCAGUUUAUCCAGGUCCCGGCCCAGCCUAAACCGCCUCUCUCCAGAUUCCAGAUGAAUUACACAGAGUACGACUGUAAGAGGAAUGAUGUUUGCUGGCCCGAGCUGGCUUACCCGUUACUGAGGCGCGACACAGGUGAAUGGUACGCAGAGUCCUUGGCUCAGGGAUUACUCCUCGUGUUCCUGACCAUAGUGGCCGCCGUGCUGGGCAGCCCCUGGAGCAAACUCCGCCAGGUGUGGCACAACCUCUCCUGAGAUCAGGCUUCUUUUCGCCGGAAUGACGUCUUACCGACAUUUUCCAGAACGUUCUGUUUACAACCGGAGCCCGCACGGGUUGCAUUUGUGGCUGUGUUUGGGAAGUUUUGAAUUAGUUUUUUUUCCCCAAAACUUUAUAAAGUGGUGAUAUAUGUGUUAAUAGUAUUAAUCCUUGCAUUUGAUCGCGUCCUUGAGAUGCCUCAAAGCAUUUCACAGAACAUACUGUAAAGUGAAUCGACAGCAUAUUUUGUGGGCGAAACAUAAUAUGGAGUGUACAUUUUUUUUUCACCUGAAUGAACGACCGAGCGCUCUUGUGUGUUGUUUUUUUUUAAAAAAAUGACGUGUACAGAAAAUAUUUUUUAAGACCUAUUUAUACAAACGGCCAAAGAGUAUUGUGUGUGUGUGUGUGUGUGUGUGUAAAAAAAAAUAAAAAAAAUUGAGAGACGUGUGAAUAAAACCUCGUGUUUUGCGCCUCUCAUUAUCGUGGUGGUGCGCUCUGCACCAACGCGAGCGACUCGGCGACGGGUUGAAUAAUAACAACAACAGCAAUAACAACC